AUGAUCGAACCUGGCAUGGAGGCCGACCAUUUCUCCAAGCGCGUGCUAGCCGGCAGGAUCUCCAAGGUGACUGGUGUCCGUAUCAACUGCCUGCGUGAUCAGAUCGACCGACAGGAGCCACAGCUGGUGGAAGUGGCUGUGCCCAAGACGCAUCCCCUAUUCAACCUCGAGGGCGAUGACCCGUGCGAUAUUCCCGCGCUUUUUGGCGUGAACCUCGUUGCCAAGUCGUACAGCAAUAAUCAUCAUCAUCAAUCCAAGAACGAUAAGGCACCUCUGGCAGAUGAUCUACAGAAUCCUCUGGCUCAGCUUUUGUUGAUGACGACCUCUGUCAAGGGCGGAGAAUGGGUUCACACGCCUGAUUACCGACGUUGCCUUGGCCAGGGAAGCAUUCUCUUCGUCUGUCGUUCGAGACGGGACAUUAAAACGGACGAUAUUCAUAGGUUCUGUAACCUCAUUGAGGAAAUCGCUGUGCCGUUUAUCUUGACGGAAGAUGCAUCCAGUCCCGGCGCAAAAGAGAGAUUGCUGAGUCGGUUGGAAGAAGAAGGAACUCUUCGUGGCAUGAGAUACUCUGGGGAAAUGUACUAA